UCCACCAUACCAUCUCCAACCAGACAAAGCUUUUUUUAUUGAGUAUUUCUGAACUUCAACUGAUAUCGAUGCCUUCCAGUUCUGAGAGCAUGGCUGAGGUAGAGUCGGUUGAGGUUGUUGAACCUGAAGAAAACCAGAAAAACCACAGAUAUUCUCAGCCUUUAGAUGAAGAAGGUUUAAUGAGGAAUGGAUUAAAUAUUUGGAUUUUUCUAAAGAGGAAUGCUUUUGUCAUUCUCACAAUGGUUGCUGUUGCAGUAGGGAUUGGACUUGGCUUCACUCUGCGCACAUCUGAGAGAGAAAUAAAAUAUUUAACUUUUCCUGGAGAGCUGCUGCUGAGAAUCCUGCAGAUGAUGGUGCUCCCACUUAUCAUGUCAAGUGUGAUUGCAGGCAUGUCAAAUGUUGAUAGAAAAGACUAUGGGAGAAUUGGGCUUCAGGCCUUCAUCUAUUACUUGGUAACCACGGUUAUUGCUGCAUUUACCGGCAUUUCCCUGGCGGUUCUCAUCCAGCCAGGCAAAUCAUCCAAGCAUGACUCUGAGUCCUCUGCUGGUAAAACAGAGACUGUGCAGAGUGUGGAUGCUUUCCUGGAUUUGAUCAGAAACCUGUUCCCCUCAAAUCUAGUGGAAGCUUGUUUCAGAAAAUAUUUAACAGUUUAUCCGAGCAGUAAUUCUUCAGGGAAUCCUGUAGGAGCCUCAAAUAUAUCUACAAACUCACCAAUGGCAGGAACCUCUGACGGCAUCAACGUUGUGGGUCUGUUGGUGUUCUCCGUCGCCUUAGGCCUCAUCUUGAGCAGUAUGGGGACAGAGGGAAAACCUCUGAGGGAUUUAUUCUUCUGCAUAAAUAAGGCCAUUAUGAAACUCAUUACUGUAGCCAUCUGGUAUUCACCUGUGGGAAUUAUCUUCCUGAUGGCGGGGCAGGUUGUUAAAAUGACGGAUGCAGCAGAUAUAAGUCGUGAUGUUGCCAUGUACACUCUCACUGUGAUCACUGGGUUGAUCAUCCAUGGCUGCGUCACGCUACCGCUCAUCUAUUUUAUAGUCACAAGAAAGAAUCCCUUGAGGUUUUAUGGAGGCAUCCUCCAGGCUCUCAGCACAGCCUUUGGGACUUCAUCCAGUUCUGCCACCUUGCCUGUUACUCUCCACUGUAUGGAGGAAAAUCACAAGAUGGACAAACAGGUGACUCGCUUCAUGCUCCCUAUAGGUGCCACAAUGAACAUGGAUGGUGCAGCCCUGUAUGAAGCAGUGGCUGCUUUAUUCAUAGCCCAGGUCAAUGACAUGGACUUCAACUUUGGACAAAUCAUUUUUCUCAGUUUGAUUGUCACAGCAGCAAGCACUGGUGCCGCUGGUAUCCCACAGGCUGGAAUGGUAUCUAUGCUAAUUGUGUUGAGCUCAACAGGACUGCCCACUGAAGACAUAUCACUGCUCCUCAUGGUUGAUUGGAUUGUGGAUCGUAUAAGGACUGCCACCAAUGUCCUUGGUGACUGCAUUGGUGUCGCUGUAGUGCAGCAUUUGUCCAGACAUGAACUACACACAUCAAGUCCUGCAGGAACUAACCAGGUGUUGGAAGAAGAUUCACCCUCCAUGAACAUCAGUAUCAAAAUAGGAUAAAUGCAUGUGAUUAUUUACAUGAAAGAAAAUAAACCUUCCUGCUUAGGGUAAAAUAAUGAGAUAAGGAAAUCAUUGAAAGGAAAUUGUUUUGACAGAAAUUGGUAAAUUCCUUUGAUAGAGAGACCUUUUAGUUUCUUUCAGCUUCUGGUGGUUUAUGAAAGAGAAACUCCAGAGGGAAACACAGAGAUAUCUCUUAACAUUAGAAACAAAAGAUUCUUCUGGGGGAUCUAAAGGGUUUCUCAGGUCAAUUUGAAAAACAUUUGCCAGCAACUUUUGCGCAUGUCCUGUGGUCUCCACCCACCCUCACACAUCUUCUUUAUCUUGGGCAUCCAGCUCCAGUCCUCAAGGGCUGUUGUCCUGCCAGUUUUAGAUGUCUCUGCUCCAACACAGCUGAUUUAUAUGGUUGAACUGCCUCCUCAGCUUGUCAUAAAGUUUGCAGAGGCCUGCUAAUGAACAAUUAUUUGAUUCAGGUGUGUUGAACCAGUGAAAUAACUAAUGCAUGCAGGAUACCGACCCUGGGGACGGACUUUGGACACCAUCCUACAAAGGUUUUGUUUUCCACCUAACUGGUUCAAGGGUUAAACUGGUAUUAGUGUAUUAGUACGUAGUUAUAGUCUGUCUGUUAGGACAAAGACAAUGACAACAGCUUUAAAAUAAAUUGUUGUGUAAGCACUGGAAAGCUCACUGGGUGUUACCUUACUGCUGCUUGUUUUAAUAUCCCUCGUCACAAUGUAAAUGCAGGGCUACCUAUCAUGUUAAGCCACUUUAUGAAUACUAUUACUGUCUUCAUUUAUAAACACCGUUGAUUUUAAAUAUAGUGAGUGUUUUUUGAUUUAUACUCUCAGGUUGCAGUCCGCUGGUAAAUACUGCCCAAAUAUCAGUAAUGCUGGUCAGAAAUGUAAGCAAUCAUUUGAUUGUACUUUCUUGUGAAAUACGUUGCAGCCGUCUUCAAAAUGUUCAGUGUGAGACACAAUGAUUUAAACUCAACAUAAACUUUGUCCAUUGUUUGUGAUAAACCAUGUUCAUACUCCAAUCUGUAUCUUCUGCACAUUUUGUCAUUUCUACAUCCUCUAACACCAGCAGGAGGCCAUUAACAUAAAAACUGAACAACAGUGAUCCCAAUAGCAAUCCUUGGGGCACUUCUCUAGUACAGGCAGCAGAUAGGAGCAUCAUACAACUAUUCCAAACAUGCUGACUUCAAUUUAACAUAUAAGAUUUUAUCCAUCACAAUGUACUAUUUUGUAGGGUAUAGCUCAAAAGUGUUUUAAAACUAAGUCAAUCACAGUAAGCCAUGUGUAAGUGUAGUAACACACCUUCUUUGUUUAGAGUAAUGUUUAUUUUUUUCUAUAAAAUGACAACAUUUAAUUUUAUUAGGGAUGCAGUAAAUUUACUCUUUUUACAAUGUCUUACAACCCUUACAAUGUUUAGAAAUUACUUUCUCUUUGAUUUUUCAAAGAGGAAGUCAAAAACAAUCAUAACUGUGUUUGAUACCCCGAUUUUUUUCUUUAGUAAAUCCUGGUUUUAAAAGCAACAUUUAUUAAAUGUCAUAUAUCGGUAUAUGUCCAAGGUAGAAUCAGCUUCAUAUUGGCAUUGAAGGCCCUAAAUUUUAAUUAAAUAAAUAAAAAAAGAACUGAA